CAGAAAAUUGCAUGUUAAGCCUUCAAAGAUAAAAAAAAAUAGUGAUUAAACUGCUUAAAUGUACCUCUGGAGGCAUUGAAAUGAUCUCUUGCAGUGCAGAAUGGUGCUUUGGAUUCCAGUCUGUUGCUGUAAUAACGAAUUGUCGUGUCGUUUUCAACGAAAUUGGCCCCGAUGGAGCAGCUGCUACCGCUGAUGAAGAUGAUCGGCUCUUUCCUAAAUGCUUACGCACCACCCGAAGCCCUGUAGGCAAGUUUCCCGAUGUGCCUUUCGGUGGAGGACCUAGGAUGUAUAUCCAAUUUUUUUGGUUAAGAACUGAAAAAACUCUGCACAAUGAUGCAGAAAUGGACACGUGUAAAGGAAAAGCAAGGCAACUGGAAUGA